CAGCUAUAGGCUAAGGUGACACAGAUGAGCUGAAAAAGGUGGUCAGAUUCAUGGGACAAGUCACACCUCUUCUGCACAUAUGCUGUGUAUAUUUUCAGCUGAGAAGGGAGCUUCAGUCUCAAAAACUCAAAUCAGCAGUAUCAACUCAUUCCAUUACAGGCUCAAGUUGCAGAUUAACUGGAGGUUAGCAGACACCCUUUAAACAGUUUGUUUUGGUCACACAAAGUUGACAAUAGCUAGUAAUCUCUUAACAGACACACCCGUGGAUGACUACAUAAAACCAGGACCAUGACAGCAGUCACACAUCAAGACGGCCAGAAGAAACCAACCAGGGAACCAUCACACACUGAGACAAGAUGGACCACAAAUUUGCUUUCACCAUCCUGGCACUGCUGCUCAGUCUCUCAAAGGCAUACCCUGUGACGGAGGAUGGUGGUGAGGAAGGAACCCAUUUGGAGGACCAUUUGGACCUAUCCAGGAGGAUUCUGGAGGCAAACAAUGGAUCCAGUCAGAUGCUGGUGGAAGGAGACCUGCUCAUCACAAACACCAAGAACGCCAUGAUUUGCUAUAUGAAUAUCUGCUUGUGGCCGAAAUCUGCAAAUGGACUUGUAGAAGUGCCUUACGUGAUCAGCAGUGGUUUUUCCACCUCUGAUAUACAGGUGAUACAAUCUGCUAUAAAUGCAUUCAGCUCUAAAACCUGCAUCCGAUUCACCCCUUGGACGUCCCAGUCAGACUACCUCAGCAUUGAGAACUUGUAUGGAUGUUAUUCCUCUAUUGGUAAAAUUGGAGGCAAGCAGGUGGUCUCUCUCAUGGAAAGCACCUGCCUUAUUGGCGGAAUUGUUCAGCACGAGCUUAACCAUGCUCUGGGUUUCUAUCACGAGCAUGUGAGAAGUGACCGUGACCGAUAUGUCAGGAUCAACUGGAAAUACGUUGACCCAAAUGAGACCUUCAACUUUGACAAACAAAACACCACUAAUGAAAUUACUGCAUAUGACUAUGGCUCUGUCAUGCAUUAUGGAAGGACUGCUUUCACAAUUAAGCCCGGAAUGGAUACUAUCACUCCAAUCCCUGAUGAAACUGCACAAAUUGGACAGAGGAAUGGACUGUCUCAAUCUGAUAUUCUGAGGAUCAACAAGCUCUAUGGCUGCUAAAAGGAUACUUAACUAGGACCCCAAUCCUGAAGAUGAAGAAUCCCAUCUGCGACCAUUUUAUCAUUUUAUUAACAUUUGAUGCAAGAGAAUAAAUUUGUG